GGCGGAGCACUAAGAGGGGGCGGUGGAGUGAGGCGGCGACGCUCUCCUCAUUCAGCCCUUUCUGAAUCGGCGCCUCACGAAGGAAGCAUCGCGCGCGCAGCAGUCUGAGACGGAGGCCUGCACCCCCCCCACCCGCCGCCAUGUCCAAGUCCGAGUCCCCUAAGGAACCCGAGCAGCUGCGCAAGCUCUUCAUCGGUGGCCUGAGCUUCGAGACAACAGAUGAGAGCCUCCGUGGCCACUUCGAGCAAUGGGGCACACUCACCGAUUGCGUGGUAAUGAGAGAUCCAAAUACCAAGCGCUCCAGGGGCUUUGGGUUUGUUACAUACUCUACAGUAGAAGAGGUUGAUGCUGCCAUGAAUGCUAGACCACACAAAGUUGAUGGCAGAGUUGUUGAACCAAAGAGGGCCGUAUCCAGAGAGGACUCACAGAGGCCUGGAGCUCACCUGACAGUGAAGAAAAUCUUUGUUGGUGGGAUUAAGGAAGACACAGAGGAGCACCACCUGCGAGACUACUUUGAACAGUAUGGCAAAAUCGAAGUGAUUGAGAUCAUGACAGACCGUGGCAGUGGCAAGAAGAGAGGCUUUGCGUUCGUCACCUUUGAUGACCACGACUCGGUGGACAAGAUUGUUAUUCAGAAGUAUCACACUGUGAAUGGCCACAACUGCGAAGUGAGGAAAGCACUGUCAAAGCAAGAAAUGGCCAGCGCUUCGUCCAGCCAAAGAGGUCGCAGUAGCUCUGGUAACUUCAGUGGUGGCGGCCGUGGAGGUGGAUAUGGCGGAAAUGACAACUUUAACCGUGGCAGCAACUUUAGUGGUCGUGGUGGGUUUGGUGGCAGCCGCGGUGGUGGCUAUGGAGGCAGUGGAGACGGCUAUAAUGGAUUUAGCAAUGAGGGUUAUGGUGGUGGCGGCGGCGGCGGCCCUAGCUACUCUGGUGGGAGCAGAGGCUACGGUGGCAGUGGCAACUACGACGGCUAUAACAACGGAGGUGGUGGCUUUGGCAGUGGCAGUGGAGGAAGCAGCUUUGGAGGUGGCGGAAACUACAAUGACUUCGGCAGUUAUAACAACCAAUCUUCAAACUUUGGCCCUAUGAAAGGAGGGAACUUCGGAGGCAGGAGUUCUGGUCCAUACAGCAGCGGUGGGGGGGUCGCACUUGGAGGCUUGCUAUCUGAAAGGGGUCACCAGAACAAAAGUUUGAGAACCACUGCUAUAACGCCAUCUCCAAUUGCUCUCUCAGGUGGCUACGGUGGCUCCAGUAGUGGCGGUAGUUAUGGAGGUGGGCGAAGGUUUUAACUACCAGGAAACAAAGCUUAGCAGGAGAGGAGAGCCAGAGAAGGGACAGGGAAGCUACAGGUUACAACAGUUGUGAACUCAGCCAAACACAGUUGUGGCAGGGUGUAGCUGCUACAUGAAGACAUGUGUUAGACAAACUCUCCUUUGCAAACAUAAGGACUGUAUUUGUGACUAAUUGUAUAACAGGUUAUUUUAGUUUCUGUUCUGUGGAAAGUGCAAAGCAUUCCAAUAAGGGUUUUUAUGUAGAAUUUAUUUUAUUUUUUUCCGCACCCAUGCUGUUGAUUGCUAAUUGUAAUAGACUGAUCAUGACGCUGAAUAAAUGUGUCUUUUUUUAAA